UUAUCUAUUAAUGCAACACCCUGUAUACUACAUUUCUAUAAAUUCUCUAUUUUCCAUACACGAUUUUUAGUAUUUCACCGUUUUUUAAAACCAAUUCAUUGUUUUAUCGCAUUGAUGUCAUUUUAAUCUAUUUUUCGAAUAUUGUGAUGUUUGUCCAACCAGAUCGCAUUUAUAACAAGAAAAUCGAUGUUUUUAUAUAAUUUAAAUACGUAAUUUUUUGUUUUCUGUUAUAUUCAUACCUGAAAUAAUUGAAAAAAGUAAAACUGGUUCGUUUUGUUGAUAAAUUUUAUGAUUUCUACUAAUUAAAAGAUUUAUUUUUGUUUUAAGACACCUGUAAAUUGAUAAUAAUUUUUACGACAUUUCCGUAAUCACAAUAAUCUUUCAUAAUUUUAAGAGCAGAUUUACUUUUCGAUUGCCACAAUGGAUGCGGUUAACCGAAUUGUUGUAGCAGGGACUUGUCAGUCAGUCGUUUACCAGAGUCGAAGGUAGUAAAUUUAUUUGUUUCUUGACGAAUCACCGCCUCGAUUCGAAAGUUUCACUGACAAUUACAAAAAGAAUGAUGCAAUCAUAACAUUCGUGCGACAUAUAUACAAAACUACCUACCGAAAUAUAAUAUAGUGCGAGUUUUUUUCUAUCUAACAUUAUUGUGAUACGAAAACUUUUUUUUGUUGAACAAUUAGUUGUCAGUUGUGUUUUUAUAUUCAUUUUUAAUAUAUUCGAGAGAUGACAUUGAAAAAGGAACAGAAACUGCCGUAUCCCAAAUCAGUAUUUUUCAUCGUCAGCAAUGAAUUUUGCGAACGCUUCAGUUACUAUGGGAUGCGAACAAUUCUCGUUAUUUACCUCACCAAUAUACUUUUUUAUUCUGAAGCCGAUGCAAAAAUUAUCUACCACACAUUCACGAUGUUUGUGUAUUUUUUUCCGGUGCUCGGCGCCAUUUUAUCGGACAGUUUUUUGGGCAAAUUCAACACCAUUUUGUACGUUUCCAUGGUAUACGCGGGGGGAAGCGUGCUGCUGGCCUUGUCCGCCACAGAUCCCAUAGGACUUCCCAAAAAGGAGUUUUCGAUAAUAGGGCUGCUACUUAUAGCCCUAGGCACUGGAGGUAUAAAACCUUGCGUUUCGGCGUUCGGCGGUGACCAGUUCGUUCUGCCGCAACAAGAAUUACAAUUUGCCACGUUCUUUUCGUUGUUUUAUUUCGCAAUUAACGCGGGAAGUUUGAUUUCUACGUUCUUAACACCAGUUUUGAGGAACAACGUCCAUUGUUUCGGUAACGAGAGUUGUUUUCCUUUAGCUUUCGCGGUGCCUGGGAUCCUUAUGAUUAUUUCUAUAGUUAUUUUUGCCGCAGGACGACCACUAUACAGAAUAAAAAAACCCGAAGGGAAUGUAAUAGUACAAGCCGCAAAAUGCAUAUCGCACGCCAUCAGUCGAAAAUACACGAAAUGUGCCAAUAAGAAGGAUCAUUGGUUGGAUUACGCCGAAGAACAAUAUGGGAAGAAAUUAGUUUCCGAUAUAAAAUCCGCUCUACAUGUCAUGGUCCUGUAUCUACCUCUGCCAAUUUUUUGGGCGCUGUACGAUCAACAAGGCUCCGGUUGGACUUUCCAGGCGGUUCGUAUGGAUGGAAAUAUUGGAUUUUAUACAAUUUUACCGGAUCAGAUGCAAGUUGUCAAUCCGUUGUUGAUUCUGUCAUUCAUUCCGUUGUUUUCCUACUACGUUUAUCCACUUUUAGGUAGAUGCAAUCUAUUGAAGACCCCGUUACAGAGGAUGGUAUGCGGGGGUUUCUUGGCAGCAGUGGCUUUCGCGGUUUCCGCUUUGGUUUCAAUAGCCAUAGAAAGCCACGAACCGAUCCUCCCCUCGACCAACAACAUCCAAUUACGCAUAUACAACCCUUCCACGUCACCGAUACCGAUAAAAGCAGACGGUUUACAUCUAUCCGCAGUCGUACCAUCAAUGUCUGCGUACGUCCGAAAAGACGUACCGGUCGAUUCCGGUACGACCGAAAUAACCUUCGAAAUAAACGCCACGAAACGGAAUAUCACCGUCCAAGACGCGCACGCGUACGGAAUAUUCAUUUACUCGAGUAACGAUUCUAUUUAUUAUACGGAUAACGUGGCGAAAAGUGAAACCGGAUAUCCUGUGAUAAGGACUCUUGUUUACGGUAACGACGAAUCUGUCGUUUAUUCGAAAGGAAGCGACACUGUCGACGUCGAAGCCGGGGAAUUUUCCACUUUCCAACUACCAGGACCCGGUAAAUGGUCGAUAGAAAUAGGAAACGAAACGCUACAGGACCCCGUAGAUUUCCAGCUCGGCGGAACGUACACCGUAAUGAUUAACAAGGUCGGUAUAAAUCGACGUCGAUCGGAAUAUUUAAAUCGUAAUAAAAACGUUUUACAGGACGAAGGAUUGAAAAUGAGCUAUCUGAUUGUAACUGAACCGAACAGUAUUCAUAUGGCGUGGCUGCUACCUCAGUAUUUCAUAAUAACGGCGGCGGAAAUAAUGUUUUCCAUAACGGGAUUGGAGUUUUCGUAUACGCAAGCGCCGGUUACGAUGAAAUCACUACUACAAGCUUGUUUCCUUCUAACGACUGCUUUCGGAAACUUGAUUAUAGUCAUAGUCGAAUCUGCUAAAAUUUUCGAAAAACAAAGUAACGAUUUUUUCUUGUACACUGGUUUAAUGGUUGCCGAUAUGUUACUUUUCACUUAUAUGGCAACGAAAUACCGUUACAUCAAUAACGAACAAUCGGAAACGACUACCGAGAUAUCGGAAUUGAGUUCACAAAAAGGUAUUGAUAAUCCUACGUUCGUAAAAGCAUAGAUAACGUGAAAGUAUGACAUAAGAGUACUUUUUUGCACUAUAAAACUGUUCCGUGGUGAUAUAUCGAAUAGUUUAUAAUAUUAUCUAUGUUACUAUGUCGAAUCGAAGUAAUGGAAUAUCGAACAACUUGCGAUUCGUUCAAUACAACAGAACGCAGAAUUAAAUUGACAUGUCAACGUCAAAUGUCAAAUUUUAUGUCGAAGAUAUUAAACUUAUGUAUAUAAAUAAUUGUAAUUUUUGUAUAGUUAUUGUAAAUAUAUAUAUAUUUAUCGUUGAAA